AUGACCCUAUACUAUACGUUCGUGUUCGGGAUCUUAUCCCUGGAAAUGGUCAUGUUCCUGCUGCUGGCAUUGCCCGUGCCAUCCAAGUUUCGCAAACCCAUCACGAUGGCUUUGAUCAGGCCGUUUCGACUGACGCAGGUCCAGGUUGCCAUCAAGUGCAUUCUUGCGUUCAUUCUGCUGCUGUUUGUCGACACCAUUAAUCGUGUUUACUCCAUCAACGCUGAUCUUUCGCAAACCACUGUCGCCGCCGUCGGUGUCAGUGAUCGCAGCGAGGUUCAAAGCCGCAAAUUCUACGCUCAAAGAAAUAUGUACCUCACCGGCAUUACCUUGUUUCUCACUUUCACCGUUUUUAGAACCUACGGUCUCGUAUGGGAGUUGCUAGAGCUCAAGGAACAAUAUAGAUCCAGCCCUGAAAACAUGAACGUCGAGGACCUUCAAAAACAGAUUGAAGACGCCAACAAGCAGAUCGAGUCCCUUAAGGAGCGUGCGGAAGGUCUACAAUCAGGCAUGUAG